UUUUGCUGACUUUUUUUUUGUUUAAACCUUAAUUUACAAACAUUCCCAUAAGAAGGAAACAUUUAAACAAGCCGGUCUUGUAGAAAAUUGAUUAAUUUUUAUAGAUAAAUUAUAGGAUUUGGGCUGAGUGCACUGGCUAGCUGGUAAUAUUAAACCGAAUAUAAAAAUCGAGGAAUGUGAACGCCAUCAAUGUUGAAAUGCAACGUGUUUUGAUUUCAGCUGAGGUCUAGACUCUGCACAGUAAACACUUUGUGGAUGCUUUCCACAUAAAUAUUGAGUGGAAACUACACUUAUAAUGAUAAUAUAUUAUACUAAAACUCUAAGAAAGUGUGUAAGAGGCUGCUUAACUCGUAAAACGUAGAUCGCUGAACUGUCAAGCAUUGUAUUGAAGUGCUCCUUUCGGGUCACAUCAAUUGCGCACUAUUACUAAAUAGAACUGUCAUUAAAAUGUCUGCCUACACAAGCAAAACGGGAACGACUUCCAUUUUAAAGUCAUUUACAAGUGCCGACCGCGAGCGGGCUAAGGCUGCGGCCAUCAACAAGGUGAGAUUCUCCACUCCCAAGGAGAAGGGACUUUUGGAAUCGGUGCGUGCGGCACAGGGCGGAAAUUUUCACCUGGUCAAAGAAUUCUCUUUCUAUCUUUUGGAAGCGGAUCUCGACGAUGAAGAAGUCUUACAAAUCAUGAAGGAUGGCAGGAAAAUUGUGCACAGCUUGACUACAGAUUUUGCCAACGUUGUUGAGGCUUUGCUUUCGUUUAACUGGCGAAAGCGCUCGCCCGAAGUCGUUGCCGCUUACACAGAAUUCAGCAUUGAUAUUAUGGUGGCCCACAAUACAUAUAUACCCAUAGGUAUAUCAAAAUGUAUUGUCAAUUGGAUACCAGGGGAUUUGCAAGCUGCCGACUGGGUCAAUGGAUGUCCAGGGGAAGAAACGCGCACUGAGCUGAAAACAGUUCACGACAUCCUCAACCGCAUUUUGACCGCUGUGCCCAUGGCGUUUGAUGUGGUUAUUGAUGCAAUAUCUAGUAAAUUUCCAUACUUCAAGAAACCAGCGCAUGUUACAGCUGGAUAUCUGUACAAUGUUCUCUGGUUAAUAGAGUAUAAACCAAUGUUUGGGGAGCUCGUUUUGCAGCUGGUCUUGCAGAAACUUCUUAUAUUGGAUGUCAAUGCUCCAAGGGAUGAGAUCGUCGAGACAGAGGAGGAGGCAGACAAAAUGGACGAAGAUGGCAUCUUUACCAUUGAGGAUGUAACCGCUGACACUGUGGUCAAGCAGUCGGAAGAUUCGGUUCUGCAUCCCAUUGGACACACACUGGACACCUGUCUGUCUAUACUUUUCAAGUUUGUAGAUGGUAAAACUAGAAUUCAGCCGGAAUUUAGCGAGGAGGAACGUUGGGCUGCCAGCCGCUUCUUCAAGACUCUGUUGUACAUCUUCGAGGAUGUUUUGCUGCCCAGUCACAAUACCCAUCAUGUGCAAUUUGUCAUCUUUCAAGCGUGCAGCAUACGCCCUUCAUAUUCUGAGGCAUUUCUCAGCUCGCUCUGGCUAAAAGUGCAGAAUCCAAACGUGUCUGCUAUUCUACGACACGCGGCUGUCGGCUACAUGGCCAGCUAUUUAGCUCGCGCUAGAUUUGUGCCACUCAGCACAAUUAAAAUGUAUCUUAAUGAGCUGAGCAACUGGGCGAAUAGCUACAUAGGAGACUCGGACCAGUACAGCAGCCAAAACGGCUCGUUAAAGGCCAACAUGGUUUUCUUCUCCGUCUGUCAGUCCAUAUUUUAUUUGAUUGCCUUCCGCGCAAAAGACUUGACAAAGGAUUUGCACUACCUGCAACUGCUUCCCCUCUCCCGCAUUGCCAUGUCCCACUUGAAUCCCUUGCGUUACUGCCUACCAGCAGUGGCCACUGCAUUUGCUGGAGUGACGCGCACCCAUCAGCUGGCCUAUUGCCACACAGUUUUGGAGCGUAAUGCUCGACGUAAGCUGGCCACUGUCUAUGGCCAUGACAAGGCUAUGCCUGAGGAGACGCUAGAAACAUUUUUCCCCUUUGACCCUUAUUUGCUCAAAUUAUCGAACAAAUAUAUUGAGCCCAACUAUCUAGUCUAUAAGGCGCAUGAUAUGGACGAGUGUGCCGCGACAGAAACUUUUCGCCGCAAGCGGGGCGACUCCGAAAUGGUUGAGGAAGAUGACUUUAUACUAGCGGACAAGCGUCAGAAGUUGAACGAACUUUCAAAGAGCCAGGAGUUCGACAAGCACUUCCAUUACGGAACUUCGCCGGGCUUUAAUACAUAAUGUUGUGAUGUACAUAGUAUUGAUAAAGUUGAAAUAUACUUUUGCAAUCGGUA